UGUCAGUCAGUGCCACCUAUCAAUGCCAGUCAGGGCUACCUAUCAGUGCUGCCAUCAGUGUCGCCUAUCAGUGCCAGUCAGUGCUGCCUAUCAGUGUCAUAUAUGAGUGCUGCUUUUCAGUGCCCAUCAGUGAUGCCUGUCAAUGCCCAUCAGUGCCAUCUACCAGUGCCUCCUCAUCAGUGCCCAUCAGUGCCACCUAUCAGUGUCCAUCAGUGCAGCCUAUCAGUGCCCAUCACUGCAGCCUCAUUAGCGCACAUCACUGAAGGAAAAAAAAUCACAUAUUUACAAAAUUUUAUA